CAGUAAACUGGAAGAGCGCAAGAAGUUUUGGAACAUCGCUGUUGAUAAGAAAGUAAGCAUUUAAGGACACAAUACAUGCACCUACUGAUAGUGUUUAUUAACCUCAUAAGCUUAUUCUGCUUCUUAGUCAUAUCCACGACUGGGUUGAUCAACUUUGAACCUUAUUAACUUAAUGAUUCUUGGAUGUUACUAUUCAAUAAAUAGCCACAACGGGAACAAUUCAUGAUUCAUUUAAGAAAGAAGAAGAGGCAACAAAUUUUUAGUAAAUAAAAGACAGCUUUUAAGAUCCAUACCUGGAGAUGAGAAAGUUCCUGACUACCAAAUCUAUUUAGCAGAUUUAGAUACGAGGUUUAAGAACCAAGAAAUAUCCCCUGAAACUAUUCCAGACAUCAUUGAGCUGAUCUUUAUCUACAUUAUAAAGCCAGAGCAAGAAGAAAGAUUCUACCUGAGUUUGUUGAGUUAUUUAGCAGAUCUGUCAGAAAAGGAUUACACUGAAAUUUUUUCCGCAAUAAUUGACCAAAAUUUACUAGAACAUUUGACUGUUUAUUUCAGAAUUGUUGAUAACGAAGAGGUUAUCAACAUCAUUUGAAAGAUUAUUUGCAAUGCUUCAGUGGCUAACGACCGAAGAAUUUUACAGAGUGUAUUUAGCACAGAGCCUUGCUGUCUAGAGUUCCUAUUUGAAGUGCUACAUACCCAACAAAACACAGACACUAUUGAUUCAGUGAUUAUCUGUCUGACUAAUCUCUACAUUGACGGGUACUAUGCCGAAGAAAUUAUCAAUAGAGACUACAUUCGGCUUUUAGAUGAAUACCUAAAUCAAGGAUUCAAGCUAAAAAUAACAAAGGUUAACAAUAUCUCAUGGAGCCUGGCAGCUGUCUCUAGUCCUGAGUUGACAACAGAGAACCAUAGCUUGUUAAUCAUGAUGUGAAAAUAACCUAAUGGCUUUGAAUAAUAAAGAGAGCACAAUAGGAUGUUUACAGUGUCUCAAUAGACUUUUAGAUGGCAGCAAAAGCUUCUUCUUACUCAUUGAGUUUGAAAUGCACCCAAUAAUAUGGAGCUUGUUUCAAGAAUUUGAGGAUAGAGAUCUUACUCGCCUACUACUCUGAUUUUAUGAGUUAAUGUUUAAUUCAACAGAAUUUGAUCUAUUGGAAAUGAUAUUUACAGAAGAUUUCCAGAAAAGAUUAGAAGAGAAAUUUGAAAUUGAGACUGAUUAUAAAUAGUCAUGGGAAUCAAGAAAUUGAGAGAAGAGAAGAUCCACAUGGAUAUUAUAUGAUUGAGAGCGCAAUAUUGAACAUUUUUCAAAAUGCUGCCAGCAAGGUGAGAGGAGCUGCAUCAAUGCUUCUCUUAUCUCCUUUAAUGCAUGUUCAGACCUUUGAAGAAUAUGAAGAUCAUAAUGUAGUCUGAGCUUCUGUAGAAUUAUUCAGAAAUGUCUUCUCAAAGCUAGAAUUCGAUGAUCCAGACGUUAUAAAUUUCAUCACUUGUAAAGCUUCAUCAUUUAAAGUUCCGAUUCUUUGAGGGUUAAAGUCUAACUUCGGUUCAUUAACCAAGAUCCUUGAAUCUAAUUCUUCGACACCAGCCAUAACAUAUCUGUGCUUGAAAUGAGUCAGGGAGAUCCUAGAUUUUGCAGUAGAACAGAUAAAGCUGGAUUACAUCCAAUUCUUCAGAGAACAAGGCGGUGAGGAGAUACUGGAGAGGUACGUCCAUGACUCGAACUACAACACCAGAGAACUCUCCAUCUCUAUUCUCAUGGAGCACUUCAGAUACGAUUCCAAGAUAGGAGAGAUAGAAGAUGAGUACGAGUAUUAUGACAGAGAAGACCCCUAUGAGAAUACUUAA